AUGAAAUUACUUCUAUUAUUAUAUUUUUUAAUCAUUUUAAAUUUAUCAUUAAGUUGGUUUACAGGUGGAAGACGUCGUAGUAGUACAUGUCGAGAAUAUUUUGGUCAUGAAUCAACAAAUAAACUUCUUCUUAUUAAUCUUGAACCAGUUAAAAGUGAUUUACGUGUUGAUUUUCGAUCAUAUAUAUCAUCAUCAACACCAAUACCAUCAUAUAAAAAAAUACGUUUUAUUAAUCAUUGUUGUUUUAUAUUUCCAUCAACAAAAACAACAUGGAAAACUGAUAUGGAAUUUUUUGGUCGUCGACAACGUUUAUUAGAAAUUGGUGAACAUGAAAGUAAAAUAAAACGUAUAACAAUACCAUCAGAUUUAAAUGAAAGAAAUAUACUUUUAUAUACAAAAGAAAAUCGUCUUAUUUGGUCAUCAUGUGCACAAUUAGAACAAUUAACUAAAACUUCAUGUGAUUCAUAUUGGUUAAAAGGUUGUCUUGUACGUGAACAUGGACCAUAUACAUGGUAUUGUAAUUUAACACAACAUAUUUCUUAUACAGAUGAUAUUCCAAGUAUUACAGUUUUACAAGGUGGUUCAGAUUUCAUGGAAACACAUAAACCAAGUAUGAAAACCAAAUGUUAA